CCUUCCCAGUUCGUUAGUGUCAUGUAUGUGAUCCCAUUAAAAUGGAUCUUUCUCUUUCUUCUCGUAUUCUCUGUCGUAACCUUGUGGUACGUUACUUUUUAUUCAAACCUUGAGGCUGAACAUGUGAACAGCAUGUAUUUCUAUGAGUAUGAGCCGGUUUACAAGCAAACCUACCUCUUCACAUUGCAUCAGCACUUGAAAUGCAAAGACAUAAAUCCAUUUCUGGUCAUCUUGGUGUCUUCGAGACCUAAGGACAUGGAGUCAAGGCAAGCCAUAAGGAUAACAUGGGGAUCUCAAAGCUUCUGGUGGGGACAUCGAGUUCUAACCCUGUUCUUACUAGGUCAGGAAACGGAAACAGAGGACAACUCUGCAGCACUUUCAGUAGAGGAUGAAAGCAUACUCUAUGGGGACAUCAUUCGCCAAGAUUUUAAGGACACCUACAACAAUCUUACCUUGAAAACAAUCAUGGCGUUCAGAUGGGUGAGUGAAUUCUGUUCUAAUGCCAGAUUCAUCAUGAAGACAGAUUCCGAUGUCUUCAUCAACACCGGUAACUUAGUCAAGUUUCUUCUGAAGUUCAACUCCUCAGAAACCAUUUUUACAGGUUAUCCUCUUAUAGGUAGCAUUGCCCAUAGAGGCUUUUACCCAAAAACAUACAUUUCUUAUGAUGAAUAUCCAUUCAGGUUUUACCCUCCAUACUGCAGUGGAAUGGGUUAUGUAUUAGAUGGAAAACUGGCUCUGAGGAUUUAUGAACUGAUGGGUCAUAUCAAACCUAUAAAGUUUGAGGAUGUUUACAUUGGAAUUUGCUUAAAUAUACUUAAGGUGAACAUCAGUGUUCCGGAGGGUAAUCAACAAUUCUUUAUCAACAAAAUUAGCUUUGAUAUCUGUAAGUACAGACGGUUGAUUGCAGUACACGGCAUCGUGCCAAGUGAAAUGAUCAGGUUCUGGAAGGAUUUGUCAUCUGUCCCUUCAGUUACUUGCCUUUGAUUCUGUGCUAAUAUAUUGAUAGGUGUAAACUUGGAUUGCUUGAAACUUUGAAUGCCAGUGUAAAAAAACCAGCUGAGCUGAAGUACAGGGCAACAUGGAACAAAAACAGGUGUUGGGAUGGCACUGAUGGAAAGACUGCUGUGCUGCAGCAGCAGAGCUGUGAGGGCAGCUUCCCUCUGGGAUCCCAUGAGGAUCCUGGUACCUUUAUUUGGGAACUCCCAGAGCAUGUUUCCAUGUAUCCCAUGCACAGAGGGUACUUGGAAUGUGCUGCCCUGCCUUGCUUUGACCCUUCUCCGUGCACUCUGCUGUAACCAUGGAAUGUCUGCCCAAAUCUCCUGGAAUUCAUGAAGUGUCACUGAAGUGUAAUGUUUAUGUCCAGAAAUGAGGAGGGAAGAUGCUUCUCACAUCACUGCUUAAUGAAGUUUCUUUUGGUUCUUUUGUGACCUGCAUAAUCCUUUGCCACAGCACAAAACUUGGAGCUACCUUCUUACUUGAAUGUAUACAGCGAUCAAAUGUAUAUUUACAGUCUGUGUUCAAAUGUAUGUAUAUUUAUGAACAUGCAAAAUAGAACUGCUUUGAUGUCUUUCCGGUAGAAGUGCUAAUGCCCGCAGGCCCACAGAGCUGGAUGCAGAGGAGUUCACGUGCAGUUCAGGUACGAGUGGUGUUAUCAGAUAACAUUGAUGCACCCUGAGCUAUUGUAGCUACGCAGGGAAGAUUCAAACAGGUGUGCUUCAAUUGUGACUUCAUAUCCAUUUCAAAAACAGUUUUCUUGCUUAGAAUUUUAAAAUGAAAAGAAUGACAUCCUAGGAUUCUUAUGGCUCAAAGAAGACAAAUGUGACUGUAUCUGUAAAGAUGGGUAUUUCAGCCACUUUAUUCAUGUCAGCAAGGCCAAGGUUUCAGUAGUUUACACUUUUAAUUGACGGCAAUACAGAAUUUGCAAUUGCAUGAACAUAAUUAUCCCAGACACAUCUAAUACACAGUGAAGGUACCGUAGUUACAUCCUGUACAUCGAGAAUGACAGAGCGCUGCCACCUUUAGUUCUAUAGCUAACGUGGUACAACGUAUUUACAUUUGGCUGUCUUUCAGAUAGUCUCUUAGAGACAAAUUAGAAGAGGUGCAGAAACCUCCAGUACCCAGACUGAGGUUUCAACAAUGCUUUUGUUACAUUGUGGUAAUGGUCAAUAUUGACUUUUUCUGUCUCUUCCAUAACUGCGCGUGGUUUAAUGAUGGAAUUAUAGGACAUUACUUUUUGAAAUACAAAAACGAUGUCUUGGAGAGAAUGUAGCGUAGACAAGUAUUACAGUGUUCUAAGAAUGUCUGUCAAGAAGGUCAGACUGUUUCAGAAAUGGAUUUUGUUGUUGCUGCUGUUCACCUAAUACCUAAAGAUACACUAUUGCACAACCGAGAGAAUGCUGGGUGGUUCCUGAAACAGGGGAAGAUGCAGCUGCUCCUUUGUGCUGGGGCUCCCUUGGUUGGUGGUAGCACUGUGGUCAGCUGCCAGGAGAGCUCCGCUAGAAAUGUGAACUUGUCUGUUGGUCCUUUAUACGUGGAAAUAAAGAACCCUUGUUUUGUUUUUGUACCUGCCAUGUUACAUGUCUAGAAAUAAAUGGUUUCUCACGAGAA